GUGGUUAUUCAGAAAUAACACGCGAGGAAUGUCAAUCACGUGGCUGUUGCUAUGACACCAGUAUACCUGACGCCAAAUUCUGUUUUUAAAGGUCAUGAAUGCAAGUCAGUGAUACCAAGUAAGCGACUGCAAUGCGGUGAUUCUCGUAUCAACAAAAACGAAUGCGAAAGCAAAGGCUGCUGUUGGGACCCAACACAACAAGACUCAGUUCCCUGGUGUUUUUACCAAAGAAAGGUUGAAUUGAAGAUUCUCGUCUGCAAGACUAUUAACAAUCUUAACUGCUAAAACGACAUUUGCUGUUGUCUGAUGUUCUUUUGUUAUGGUAUUGUUAACAUUUAUUUUGCAUUAAAUCUGCGAGUUUGCUAAA